CCAAAAUAACGGACUUUUCCCCCCCUCCUCUAGUCUUCAUAAGUAAAACACGAGAAGAAUGCAUGUUGUUGCGAACUAAUUUGAAGUCAUUGGAGAAGUUGCAGGCGCUGGUAGCCGUCAGGAUUCCGCAAGCUUUCUUUCUUUCUUUUCAAUUUGUGUUUCUUUUUGAAGCAUGUUUUGACGACGUGCAGACUGCGUGAAAUUUCCAGCCAAAACGACUUCUUGCUAUUUCUAAUACUUUGACUCGAGCAACGAGAUGCCACGGUGGAGGUUCAAAGUGCUGCUGCGACUGCCGCUGCUGGCGGCGGUGCUGCUGUUCAACGCGGCGGGGGGGACGGAGAAAAAAGUCAAUCCGGAGUCUUGGCUGCAACAAUAUGGCUACCUUCCCCCAGGGGACAUGCGGACCCACGCUCAGCGUUCCCCUCAGUCCGUCUCCUCGGCCAUCGCCGCCAUGCAGAGGUUCUACGGCCUCACGGUCACCGGCUCUUUUGACACCAACACCAUCGAGGCGAUGCAACGACCUCGCUGCGGUGUGCCGGACAAGUUUGGUGCCGAGUUGAAGACCAGCUUGAGGAGAAAGCGUUACGCCAUCCAAGGCCUGAAGUGGACUAAGAACCAAAUCACAUUUUCAAUACAGAACUACACGCCAAAGGUGGGCGAGUACGAGACCCACGAGGCCAUCAGGAGAGCCUUCAAGGUGUGGGAGAGCGUCACCCCGCUGCGAUUCACCGAGAUUCCCUACCAUUACAUCCGGGACAAGGUGGAGGAGUUUGCCGAUAUCAUGUUAUUCUUCGCGGAGGGUUUCCACGGCGACAGUAGCCCUUUUGACGGCGAGGGAGGCUUCCUGGCACACGCUUACUUCCCCAGUGCCGGCAUUGGGGGGGACACCCAUUUUGAUGCAGCUGAGCCUUGGACUAUUGGAAACCGGGAUCUGACGGGCAAUGAUCUAUUCCUGGUUGCCGUGCACGAGUUGGGCCAUGCUCUCGGUAUGGAGCAUUCCAGUGACCCCUCGGCCAUUAUGGCUCCCUUUUACCAAUGGAUGGACACUGAGAACUUCCAACUUCCCGAAGAUGACCUCAGAGGCAUACAACAGCUUUACGGUUCGGGAUCAGGCCCUCAGCCCCCAUUUGUGACACCUCGAAUCCCAACUGACACAACUCCCAGUUACACGCCGGACAAACCUCAUUUCGGCCCAAAUAUUUGCGACGGACACUUUGACACCAUCGCCAUCCUCAGAGGAGAAAUGUUUGUGUUCAAGGAUAAGUGGUUCUGGCGAGUGCGAAACAACCAAGUGAUGGAUGGCUACCCCAUGCCUAUUGGUCACUUCUGGAGGGGUCUUCCUACUCUCAUCAACGCUGCUUUCGAAAGAGAGGAUGGGACAUUUGCUUUCUUCAAAGGUGACAGAUACUGGGUGUUUAGUGAAUCCGUUCUCGAUACUGGCUACCCCAAGAAGCUAAGAGAAAUGGGGACCGGGCUCCCGAAAGACCGGAUAGACGCCGCACUUUAUUACACUCCCACCGGACAGACCUACUUCUUCAGAGGAGACAAGUAUUACCGUUUUAACGAAGCGUCGCGGAGUGUCGACGAUGGCUAUCCAAGGCCCAUCAACGUCUGGCAAGGAGUGCCCGACAAUAUCAAGUCAGCCUUCAUGAGCAAAGAUCAAGCGUACACCUACUUUUAUAAAGCCAACAAGUAUUGGAAGUUCAACAAUCAGAUGAUGCGCGUGGAGCCCGGCUACCCAAAAUCAGCUCUGCGGGAUUGGAUGGGUUGUCCCAACGAAGACCCCAAGACGGACGGAGGAAGAGGCGGCCACGACAAAGACAAGGAACAGGACCACAACGACGACGACAAGGACAGAAGCCGAGACAGGGAGACGGACAAGGAGAAGGAGAGGGAGAGAGAGAGGGAGAGAGAGAGGGAGGAAACCGAGACAAAGGUGGAUCGCGAAGAGGACGUGGAGGAUACGGAAGUGAUCAUUAUCGAGGUGGACGAGGAAGGAAGGGCGGGAAGCGGAGUGGGGGCGGCAGCCGUGGUCAUUCCUUUGUUCCUGCUGGUGUGUGUGAUGGCAACGCUGGCGGCUUUAGUGUUUCUCCGUCGCUAUGGCACUCCUCGCCGACUCCUCUACUGCCAACGUUCCUUACUGGACAAGGUGUAGUUGGAACGGGAGAGGAGGAUCCAAAGAAAGAGAAACAAAUGGAAGGUGAUGUUGGACAAAAUAAGAUCAAAUGUGAAGAAGAGCAGCGCGCUUCAUUGUUGAAACCACUGCGAGGUUCUUUUUUUUGCUCCGUCACGCACGCACGCACGCAACCACUCGGGCCUUCCAUUUGGUUCUCUGUCCUUGCGGGGACUGACGCCAGCUCGCUCACGGCUGUUUGUUUGUUUUAGCCUUUUUCAAUGUCUACUUGUCAAGUUGACGUCAUCGGUCAGCGUUUGUGGCCUCUAAGCAAAUUGUGUGCUUGACCCCCCCCCCCCAGCAAUAUACUGUACAACACACACACGGUUCCUUUUGCACACACACACACACUCAUUCAAAAAGCCCAUUUUCUUUCAACCCCAAAGUCAUUGUGUUUUUUAAGCUUCCAGUCAAACAGAACCGAGCCAGUGUGAACCAUAAAAGGGAACGAAACCAUCAGCAUGAAACUUUUCCCUUUUUCUAUCAAUGCUGAUGUCGUCAUUAUUAUUAUGACUAUUACUAUUAUUGUUGUUGUCUGUGUAAUGAAUGCGUUUUUGUACAUUGUCAUUAAAAAGUCCUGCUGGACAGUGACAUACCGUUUUGAAAGUGGCCUUAAUUUUAUAUGUGGGAAUAGUGAAGUGGGGACGCGGGUGAUUAUUUGUUCAUGAAACUUGAUUGUUUUUAUUUGAUCUUCAAAUGAAAUAAAUCCAAAAUCUGGAAAAAAUGGCUUCCAUUUUUUAUUGUUUACCAUUUUAGAGUAUGGUGCUAAUUUCACUCGUCACGGGUUUAAGAGGACUCGCACAGCAAUGAUGAUGAUACUAGUGAUGAUGAUAAUAAUUUCGCAAUGAGAUUGUGUCUGUGUUCUUUACAUUUUGGACAUUUCCUGCAAAAUAAAGACCUAUCAAAAGUA